AUGCUGAUAGUUCCCAUUGGUGCAAGAGAAACCAACCUAAUGUACGUGGUGGUUGGUCCGCAGAGUGAGCUUAUCUUUGUCGACCCAGUGGAUCCAAUGAAAAUAGAGGAGGCUGCAAAAAGGCAUUCUGCACUAGAGGCUACAGUUGUGUCUCUCACCACGCACCACCACGAGGACCACUCGUCUGGGAACAAGGAAAUAAAAAGAAGGUUUCCGCAGGCUGAAAUAUAUGCAGGCUCUGAGAAGGCAUACUGCACAAAGACAUGCAAAGACGGGGAUAUUAUUCAAGUGGGCUCUCUGCAGAUCGAGUGCAUGCACGUUCCGUGCCACACCCAGGAUAGCUUUGCGUAUGUUGUGCACGAUGUCACAAAGCGCGAGCAAAAAGCAGUCUUUGUGGGGGACACUCUGUUCUACCUGGGGUGCGGACUUUUCACAGAGGGCACGGGAGAGAUGAUGUAUGCUGCUCUUUCCCGACUUGCAGCCCUUCCUCCUGCAACGGCGGUGUACUACGGACAUGAGUACCGAGAGAGUAACCUGCAAUUCCGAAGAACGCUUGUCCCAGACCCAGCCUGCAUUUCUCUGGAAAGAAUAUUUUUAACUGUAGAGGAAGAGAAAAAGCAUAACUUCUACAUCAACACAGAACUUGUCUCAGAAAUUGAGGGUUUUAAGGGAAAGACUCCUGUUGAGAGAGUGUGUCUGCUGCGGAAGAUGAAGAAUGAGUUCAAUGCGCAGAAGAAAAAAGAGACUAAGUAG